AUGAGAAUUUUCAUACGCAGCGUGUACAGCCGACGAGAGCCAAAGAAGUGUGCCAGACCAGUACCGAUAGAGAUGCCACAGGAACCAACACACGAGGCGGCGCCAAGUAUGGAGGAAGUGAGGGCGGCGGUGAUGUCGCUGAAGAACAGGAAAGCGGCUGGUGUAGACAAUGUCACAGCAGAAGCGAUUAAGGCAGGAGGAGAAGUAUUGGUACAACGGCUCCACCGUCUUAUGUGUCGCGUCUGGCAGACGGAGGUUGUUCCUACGACGUGGAAACGCUCCAUCAUCGUGCCAAUACACAAGAAAGGCGACAUAACGGAAUGCAAGAACUAUCGCGGCAUAUCACUCCUGUCAGUCGUCGGGAAGGUUUUCACAAAGAUCAUCAACGCAAGACUUCAGCUUCAUCGAAGAAGCUUAUGCCGACCGGAGCAAGCGGGUUUUUGCCCUGGCCGUGGGUGCAGUGACCAGAUCUUCGCGCUGAGGCAACUACUGGAAGAACGUAUUCGUUGCGGCAAAAGGGUUGUGGUUGUUUUCAUAGAUUUAAUUUCGUUACUGGAAGACCAAUAA